GGCAUCUAAGAGUCACCAGAAGGCAGGAGGAAAGACGUCACCAGCACCGGCAGCAGCUGCCGCGCCCUCUCGCCCCUUCCCGACCCUACGCCACUCUGUAGUACCCUACGCCACUCUCCCGCAGGAAGGUGCCGGGCUCCGGCGGGAAGGCGGGGCGAGGGCGGGGUCUCGGAGGGGCGCCCGCGUCACGUGACGCGCCUGGCAAUGGCGGCGGCCGGAGGCCUGGCGGGUUCCCGGAAGCGGGCUGUGAUGGGCGGGCGCGUUGCUGGAACCUGAGCUGAGCCGUAGCCAGAGUUGGGAGGGCUGCCCGGCGGCCUGGAGCCGGACCUGUCCGGGGUGUCCCCGCAGACCGGGGCAGCAGGCCCCCGCCCACCAUGCUGGUGACUGCCUACCUGGCUUUUGUGGGCCUCCUGGCCUUCUGCCUGGGGCUGGAGCUAUCAAGAUGCCGUGCUAAACCCCCUGGAAGGGCCUGCAGCAAUCCCUCCUUCCUUCAGUUUCAACUGGACUUCUAUCAGGUCUACUUCCUGGCCCUGGCAGCUGACUGGCUCCAGGCUCCCUACCUGUAUAAACUCUAUCAGCAUUACCACUUCCUGGAGGGUCAGAUUGCCAUCCUGUACGUCUGUGGCCUUGCCUCUACAGUCCUUUUUGGCCUGGUAGCAUCCUCCCUUGUGGAUUGGCUGGGUCGAAAGAAGUCUUGUGUUCUCUUCUCCCUCACUUACUCUCUGUGCUGCUUAACCAAACUCUCUCAGGACUACUUUGUGCUGCUGGUGGGCCGAGCACUUGGUGGGCUGUCCACUGCCCUCCUCUUCUCAGCUUUUGAGGCCUGGUACAUCCAUGAACAUGUGGAACGGCAUGACUUCCCUGCUGAGUGGAUCCCAGCUACUUUUGCCCGAGCCGCCUUCUGGAACCAUGUGCUGGCUGUGGUAGCAGGUGUGGCAGCUGAGGCUGUGGCUAGCUGGAUUGGACUGGGGCCUGUAGCACCCUUUGUGGCUGCCAUUCCUCUCCUGGCUCUGGCUGGGGCCUUGAUCCUUCGAAACUGGGGAGAGAACUAUGACCGGCAGCGUGCCUUCUCGAGGACCUGCGCUGGAGGCCUGCGCUGCCUCCUAUCAGACCGCCGUGUGCUGCUGCUGGGUACCAUACAGGCCUUGUUUGAGAGUGUCAUCUUCAUCUUUGUCUUCCUCUGGACACCUGUGUUGGACCCACAUGGAGCCCCACUGGGCAUUGUCUUCUCCAGCUUCAUGGCAGCUAGUCUGUUGGGCUCUUCCCUGUACCGCUUCGCUACCUCCAAGAGGUACCACCUUCAGCCCAUGCACCUGCUCUCCCUUGCUGUCCUCAUCGUUGUCUUCUCUCUCUUCAUGUUGACUUUCUCCACCAGCCCAGGCCAGGAGAGUCCAGCGGAGUCCUUCAUUGCCUUUCUUCUUAUUGAGUUGGCCUGUGGGCUGUACUUUCCCAGCAUGAGUUUCUUGCGGAGAAAAGUGAUCCCUGAGACAGAGCAAGCUGGUGUACUAAACUGGUUCCGGGUGCCCCUGCAUUUACUGGCCUGCCUAGGCCUCCUUGUCCUCCAUGACAGUGACAGAAAGACAGGCACUCGGAAUAUGUUCAGCAUCUGCUCUGCCGUCAUGGUGAUGGCUUUAUUGGCUGUGGUGGGACUUUUCACCGUGGUAAGGCAUGAUGCUGAGCUUCGGGUACCCUCACCUACUGGGGAACCCUAUGCCCCUGAGCUCUAGGCUUGUUCUAGGACAUAGGCUCUGAGAUGGACUUUUUUUUUUUUUUUUUUUUUUUUGGUACUAAGGAUUGAAUCCAGGGCCUUCACACUGAGCUAUAUCCCCAGACCUUUUUUUUUUAAAUUUUAGUUUUGAGACAGGGUCUUGCUAUGUUGCCAAGCAACCUUCCUGCCUCAGCCUUCCAGAGUGCUGGGAUCACAGGAGUGCACCAACAUGCCUGACUUGGCAUGGACUCUUGAAUCCCACCUUCCAGGGUUUACAGAUCUCUUUGUGACUCACUUUGUGACUGUUCGCAGCACCUCUUCCUGCCAGUGCUUUGUGUUGGGAAGGACUGAAGGGUGAUGGACUGGAAAGAAUGUGCCAAAAGUUGAUCCUGUCAUCCCUUCUCCCUCACCAUUUAAAUAAACACUUUUUUAACAGAC